AUGAGUGGGAACCAAACAUUCUUGGUGGUUGCAAGACUACAUCGCUUUCCUCCAGGAAAUGGCCAGUCUUUAGAAACUCUGUGUGCGAUUGGUUUGGCAAGAUGCAUGCUCUUUGAGGCUCCUGUAAAAAAAGAGAAAGGUGACACGUUUCAUCCGGACCCAUCAACGCACAGUGAAUUGGAGAAGAUGUUUCUGAGAUCAGAGGGAACCAAACCUCCAUUUUGUGCUGAAUUUCUUAUAGCAAUUUUUGGCAAAUUGUUCAUUGAGAAAUUGCAAGAGUAUUCCAGGAAAAGGGGUGAAACAACGGUUGUUGAAUCUCUGCAACAUUUAUGCUACGAAACUUCUUCAAAAUCAUUUGAUACUGAUCACUUCCUUGGGUCGGUUCUUGGUUGCUAUGAUGGAUAUGCGUAUCCAAAACUCUACGGAGAAGCAUGGAAAGAUCCUCCCAAUGACUCGGUUGUCUCUGAUGGCUAUCAUGAAUAUAUUCACCCUAUGCUGAAGCAAAAUCUCCAAGAUGCAACAUUGUAG